GCACAAUCUUACGGGAGACUCGAUGUCAAUAAACUUGUCGGUGAUAUUUUAUGGGAAAGGUGUGCCGCGUCGCCCCCGUACCUGUCGGCGACGGGAGGAUCGUUGAGGCCGGAGCGAUGGCGAAGGUCGGCGGCGCCUAGGCGGUUGCUGGCAUGGUGGUGCGGACAGCGGCGAGAUAAACAAGAUGCUGGUUUCAUCGGCUCGCUGUAUUCGAUCCUGUUUACCUUUCAAACUCAACGAAACCUACGAUACGUCGGAAUAUGAAAAAUCAUGUGAAUACAUCGCUGUCUUCCAACGACGGGAUAUCACAAGACUGAAUCCCAGGGAUGCCUUAAUUAUCAGUGAUGCAAGAUGAUUGAAGGCGACAUAGAUAUUUUUCUACAAGAACAUUUUUCUAAACAUAAAUAGUUUUUGAAGAAUUUUGAAACAGUAUUUUGAUAAUAUUUUUUAAAUCGUCGUAUGUGCACGGUGCUUAAUAGUUAGGGAAGUGAAACAAUUAUUGCAAACUGUCGAUAAUAGUGGUUAUGUUAGUGUUGUGAAUGCAAGGGAAGAAUAAGACGAUGUCGAGUGAUGGUGACUCGGUGAAGGUGGAAGGGGGCCAUGUGUCCGUCACCACUAUCAGCAUGUCGGGCCCCGAGACCAGCGAUGGUCAAUUCUCGUAUAGUUCGAGCGGAGUGCGCAUCAGCGUGUCUUCGGAUCCUCACGACGAAGACUCGACUGAUGCAGAGAUCUCCAAGAUCGACUUCACACAGCAUCAAUAUGAGGUCAACAUGCGAAAUAAGAAGAAGCGGUCGUCUAGCGGUGCUGGCGCGCCGUGCGAGGGGGGCAGCGAACGUGAGCGACCCAUGUCGUGGGAGGGAGAGUUGUCUGACUCCGAGAUGGUUAUAGACACGGUCCACAAUGAUGAGAACAGCAGUUCAAUAGAUAUGCAAUCAUCGCGUGACUCAAUAGACACCCUUCGUAACGUGACCAUCAAAGCUGAACCCCUCAAGACGGAAACCUUCCAAAGCUUCGACGACCAGCGUGUACUAGAUUUGAAGUACUCUGCGCCAUUACAGCCUCAUCAGCGCAGUCUUAGUAUGAAUAGGAUAUCAGUACUAACUGAGAGCACAUCACUGUGCCUGCCGCGGCGACCGUCGUCCCCUACACACAGCGCCAAGUCCUUGAUCCUCGCCGAGCAGACUGCGCUGCCGCUCAUCACACCCUCUGUCGAAGCACAGAACCUCACUAUAAAGAAGGAGACGCAACUAUCAGAAUUGAAAUGCGAGGGUGGUUGUGGUAUGGAGAAGCUGGUGGGGCUCCACGGGUCGCCGCUACUAGGCCGACUGCCGCGCGUCCAGUCAAGCGCCAGCACUGACUCCGCCGUACACUCUAUGUACACGCACAGUGUGUACAGCAGUCCAUCAGCGAGUCCGCGUCCUGCACGGCACUACACCCCGUCGUUGUCGCGUAACAACAGCGACGCCUCACACUCCUCCUGCUACUCGUAUAGCUCCGAGUUCUCACCCACGCAUUCACCCGUACAGCAGAGUCGGCAGCCGCACGUGGUGUAUCGCGAGCACGAGGACGAGGACGCUGCAGACGACCGCCUGCAUCACCACCAGGGCAUCAGCAGGCAGCAGCUCAUCAACAGCCCGUGUCCAAUCUGCGGCGACAAGAUCAGCGGUUUCCACUACGGCAUCUUCUCGUGCGAGUCGUGCAAGGGUUUCUUCAAGCGCACAGUACAGAACCGCAAGAACUACAUGUGCCUGCGCGGCGGCAGCUGCCCCGUCACUGUCGCCACGCGCAAGAAGUGUCCCGCCUGCCGCUUCGACAAGUGCCUCGGCUGCGGCAUGAAGCUUGAAGCGAUUCGUGAGGACCGAACUCGCGGCGGGCGCUCGACGUACCAGUGCUCGUACUCGCUGUCGGGCGCCGCCUCCACCGGCUCGCUGCUCUCUGCGCACGCGCCGCCCACCUUGCGCCACGCCAGCAGUCUCAACAUCGUAAACGGUCCAGGGUCUUACAGCAGUCGAGGAGAAGCCAGUAAUAGCAGACUGACUCCAGAAAUUCCUACAUUAUUGCAGGAGAUAAUGGACGUAGAACACCUGUGGCAGUACAAUGAGUCAGAGCUGAGUCGCCUCGGCAAGUCUGGUAGUGGGGCGGGGGCGGGGGCAGGAAGUGGAGCGGGGGUGGGGGCCAACCCGUUGCUGGCGGCCAGCGGCAUCACGCCGCACACAUCCAGCGCUGACUUGCUGGCCGACCUCUGCCACAUCGCUGACCACCGCCUCUACAAGAUCGUAAAAUGGUGCAAGAGUCUGCCGCUCUUUAAGAAUAUAUCGAUCGACGACCAGAUCUGCCUGCUGAUCAACAGCUGGUGCGAGCUGCUGGUGCUGUCGUGUUGUUACCGCGGCGUCGCCACGCCCGGCGAGGUGCGCGUCGGCGGCGGACGCGGACUCACGCUGCAUCAAAGUGCUAAAUUCGGCCUAACGCCGUGUAUAGAGCGCAUGCUGAGCUUCACGGACCACUUGCGGCGGCUGCGGGUCGACCGCUACGAGUACGUCGCGCUCAAAGUCAUCGUACUGCUCACUUCAGACGCGCCGGAGUUACGCGAGGCUGAGAAAGUGCGGGCGUCACAAGAGAAAGCUUUAGCUGCGCUGCAGGCGUACACCGCCGCGCACUCGCCAGACGCACCCGCCAAGUUUGGUGAGCUGCUGCUGCGCAUCCCCGAGCUGCAGCGCACCUGCCAGUUCUUCAUGCAAGUUGGCAAAGAAAUGCUGAAUCCCGCCAACAAGAGCAAAGAUGGCGACGGUCCCAGCUUCAACCUGCUAAUGGAACUGCUCAGAGGAGAUCACUGAAUCUACCUAAUAUAUUUAUCUAUAUAUUGCUCAAACUAUAAACGAUGAACUUUAGCCUUUAUUACUAUAGAUAUAGAGUCGAUAGGUUAACAAGUUAGAAACGAGUUGCUCUUUACUACUAUAUAUUUACAAUAUAGAUAAAACGCAAUAUAAUUAAAACGUUUUGUAUUUUUUUACCAUAAAAAUUCCUUACAUUAACACUUUUUUUUAUAAAAUAUUUAAUGGAUGUAUUUAUUUAUUUUAUUUUAGUAAAGAGCAAUUCGUUUUUAAAAAAAUAACCUAAAAUACACUGAAUAAAUAUUUUUUAUAAUGACAAGCUCCAAAUAUAACUUAUAUUGGCCUUAAAUAUAAAGACUGCUUCAUAUUCAUCAUUUACAUGCUUCAUACAAACAUACAUACAUUAAGAGUAUUCUUAGGUGCCAAGUAAACUAUCUACUGCCGUUUCUAUGCAUUUUUUUUAUAAACUUUGCUUAAAUACCGAACGAUAUUAAUAUUUUAUAUUUACGAAGUACGACUUAAUUCUUCUAUUAAUAUUAAAAAGAAUUGUUCUCUCUUUAGAUAUUGUUUGUCAAACGAUAUAAAGUUAGAAAACUCUUUUUAUAUUGAAAUAUUUAUUAAUAUAACCAAAACAGACUGUUAUAAUACGUAUCCCAUUUACCAAAUACACACCUGAUUAUUGGAUCCUGAGCCGUGCAAAAAAUAUAUCGUCAUCCCUCUCAUUAUCUUUGACAAAACAGAGAUAACAAUAUAACCCAAGGAAUUUUUCCUCAAAAACCAACGACAAAUCUUGUAAACAUACAAACGUCAAAUUUCAAAGAUGGCCGCCAUAACACUAUUGCAUAAACUUCGUUGGAAAUACGAGAUAGCGAUUUAAUUUCUAGAAAAAAGUGUUUCUCAAAAUAAUUAGGUUAUAAUUUGGUCCAAGGAAUGAUUUAUAAGGGAACAAUUCAUAUAUGCAUUGAACUUUAGUAUUUAUGCUUAAUUUUUUAAACACAAAUAAUGUCUUCAAAUUGAUACAAUUAACACUAUAUAUAUUUAAAGAAAUUCAAUCUUGCCAAUUGCAUUUUUAAUAUACAAGUCACUAACUGACGUUUUUUUCAUGAAAACCUUUUUACACAAAAUAAAAUAUUACUUUACAAGCAAAUAAAGAAAAAAAUUGUGUAGUUUGUGGCACAUACACUUAAGGGCAAAAUAAUUUGGGCAUAAAUAAAAAAAAAAUUUUUUUACGUAUAUC